AUGGUCUUCACUACCCUGCAGCGACAACAGUCUCUCAAACAAACCAUGGCGUCGUCAAUCCCAUUUCUUCGGGAUAUAGCCAUGGCGGUAUCUACGGAGGAUACGGCUUUAACUACCCAGCCGCCACAUCUGUUCACCACACUACCCAUGCAACAACUGUCUCUCAAACAAACCAUGGAGUCGUCAAUCCACUUUCUUGGGGAUAUACUCAUGGCGGUCACUAUGGUGGUUACGGCUUUAACUACCACCCAGCUACAUCUGUUCACCACACUACCAUGGUGUCCCAUCAGCCAGUUAGCCUUGGGAGGAUUCUCCGGUCUUCACUUCCCUGCAGCAACAACUGUCUCUCAAACAAACCAUGGAGUCGUCAAUCCACUUUCUUGGGGAUAUACUCAUGGCGGUCACUAUGGUGGUUACGGCUUUAACUACCCAGCAGCUACAUCUGUUCACCACACUACCCAUGGUGUCCAUCAACCAGUAGCCUUGGGGGGAUUCUCCGGUCUUCACUUCCCUGCAGCAACAACUGUCUCUCAAACAAACCAGGGAAUCGCCAAUCCACUUUCUUGGGGGUAUACUCAUAGCGGUCACUAUGGUGGAUAUGGCUUUAACUACCCAGCCGCCACAUCUGUUAGCCACACCACUCACGGUGUCCAUCAACCUGUAGCCUGGGGAGGGUUCUCCGUUCCUCACUUCCCUACAGCGACAACUGUCUCUCAAACAAACCAGGGAAUCGCCAAUCCACUUUCUUGGUGGCAUAGCCAUGGCGGUCUAUAUGGUGGAUAUGGAUUUCAAUACCCAGCCGCCACAUCUGUUAGCCACAGCAGCCAUGGUAUCCAUCAUCCAGUAGUCUGGGGCAGAUUCUAUGGUCAUCACUACCCUGCAGUGACAACUGUCUCUCAAACAAACCAUGGCAUCGUUAGUCCACUUUGGGGGGCAUAUGGACAUGGUGGCCAGUAUGGUGGAUACGGCUUUCACUACCCAACAUCCACAUUAGGAUAUGCUGAUUGCGGUUAUGGCUUUGGUGCACAAUUGCCCUUUAGUCAUUGA